GAGAGAUAGAGAGAGAGCGAGAGAGCAUCAGACCCAGCAGAGAUGGCGAAAGCAGACCAGCGUUUUGGCCAGCGGGAUGGCUCCGACCAGAACUUUGACUACAUGUUCAAGCUGCUGAUCAUCGGGAACAGCAGCGUCGGGAAGACCUCCUUCCUGUUCCGCUACGCCGACGACUCUUCAGCAACUCCUUCGUCAGCACGUGGGCAUCGACUUCAAGGUGAAGACGUGUACCGCAACGACAAGAGGAUCAAACUGCAGAUCUGGGACACCGCGGGGCAGGAGCGUUACCGCACCAUCACCACCGCCUACUACCGCGGCGCCAUGGGCUUCAUCCUCAUGUACGACAUCACCAACGAGGAGUCCUACAACGCCGUCCAGGACUGGGCCACUCAGAUUAAGACGUACUCGUGGGACAACGCCCAGGUGAUCAUGGUGGGCAACAAGUGCGACAUGGACGAGGAGCGAGUCGUUCCUCCGGAGAAAGGGAAGCAUCUCGCCGACCAGUUAGGCUUCGAGUACUACGAGGCGAGCGCCAAGGAGAACAUCAACGUGCGGCAGGUGUUCGAGCGCCUGGUGGACAUCAUCUGUGUGAAGAUGUCAGAGCGCGUGGACGUGGAGGCACCGGUGGCUCCCAGCACCAAGACCACCAGACUGACCGACAAGCCCGCCCAGCUACCUCAGAAGUGCUGCUGAUCGCCCGCCGCUGCCGUCCACUCGUCUGCUCCGAGAAGCCCUCAAAAAA